AUGAAACCAGGAAGUUUCAAACUUUCUGAUGUGAAUAGGAUUGAUCCUUCUGAGAGAAGCCAUGGAGAAGAGAUGCACAUAAUAUCGUCCUUCAACGGACUUAUUUGUUGCAUAAAUCGGAUUUAUGAUAAAGACGUAGAAAGCGAGUUAUGUGAUCUUCAAAUAUGGAUUUGUAAUCCGUUUACGGGGGAAACUCUCCUUCUUCCCCAAGGGAGACGCUCGUAUCAGUUUGUGCCAAGUGUCGGAGUAGCUUAUUACUCCAACACCAGUGAUUACUUAGUUUUCCGCAUAUUCUGUGUUGGAAAGAAAAGUCCCGAAGAAAGGGUGUUUGAUGGAUAUGAUUAUCCAGAUGGUCAUAUGGUUAGAAAAUAUCAGUAUGCUCUCGCAUAUGAAUGCGAGGUGUAUUCUUCAAACACAGGUUCUUGGAGAAACAUCGGCCCUGUGCCUUGUCUUCCGAUGAAUUCUUAUUAUAGUCCAUUCAGAUCUGCCCAUGUUUUUGUCGGAGGUAAGGUUUACUGGCUAUCUUCCUUAGUUGGUCGUGGUAAGAUUCUAUCUGUAGAUUUGAGAGGGAAAUUCAAGGUGAUUAAGUUGCCUCAUUACUCUGAUGGCCUAAAAGAGGAAGAUAGCAUAACCGAGGGUAGCUAUCUCAUCAAUCUGAGAGGAGCUCUCUCAAUGGUUGUUCUACAUCCGGGCUACAUGGAUACAUGGGUAUGGAAGGAAGGCGACAAGAAAUCUAGUACUUGGGUAUGUGAAUACGUAGAUAAGAAUCCAAACGAUGACGACCUUGAGUUGGUUUUAGCCAUGACGUCAUCAGGAAAACAGAUCAUGUGCAUGACUAACGAACGUUGGUGUUAUUUUGAUGUGGAGACUGGAACAUGGACCAAGAAAAGGGUGAAUUCUGCUGAAUUUGAGAGUCCUGUUGUGUUCCCUUUUACUGAAAGCGUUCUUCCGUGCAAUGGCGGUUUGAUGGUGUAG